ACUGAGGCUAACUUCACAGAGUUUGAUCAAGAUGGCGUCUCUCAGAAAGCUGUUUGUUAGCAGAGUCUCUUUGUUGUGUUGGUCCAGUGAGUGUGAGGUCCAUGUUGGUCUCUGUGUGUCCGGAGAAACCUUCUGAAUGGACUUUUCUCUGAAUGUUGGACCUCUGACUCAUCUCCCGGUAGCCUACAAAGCUAGUGAAGUUAGCUUAGCAUGCUAGCUGGGACGGAAGUUAGCAACACAGCGCUAGUCAGAGUGACUGUUUGAUGGAGAGCAAACGGUGUUUGUGACGGAGUUUGUGUGGAGAAAAAGUGUGUGUCGUUGUGUGAAAAUGUGUAAAGUCCAAAUGCUGAGAGCGUUGGUGAAGCAGCGACUCACUGCGGCUGCUGAAGAGAUCUUUGGGCUGUUUGAAAGAACGAUAGCAGAGUACGAGGAGGAACUGUGUCGUUCUAAAGAGGAGAACGAGCGACAACGGAAACUCCUGCACGCUGUUCUCAACCCUCAGCUUCGGUUACACAGAGCAGACGUCCAGCAGCUGUUGGUGGUUAAAGAAGAGGUUCCUCCUGAGCAGCAGGAGUGGAGCUCCAGUCUGGACCAAGAGGACCCAGAGCCCCCACACAUUAAAGAGGAACAGGAGGAACUCUGGACCAGUCAGGAGGGAGAGCAGCUUCAAGGGCUGGAGGAGGCUGAUAUCACCAAGUUCACAUUCACUCCUGUCCCUGUGAAGAGUGAAGAUGAUGAAGAGAAACCUCAGUCCUCACAGCUUCAUCACAGACGUACUGAACACAUGGAGACAGAAGCUGAUGGAGAGGACUGUGGAGGACCAGAACCAGCAUGGAACUCAGAUCCAGAUAGACAUCCAGAACCAGAUCCUGAUGAGGAGACUGGAGACUCUUCUGAACCUGAGACUGAUGACAGUGAUGAUUGGAAGGAGACCAGAGAACCUCAGUCAGGUUUAAACUCUCUGAAUAAUGAUGACAUUUCUAUCAGUUAUUCCAGAUGUAGAGCUGGAGAGAAACCAUUUCGCUGCUCUGAGUGUGGGAAGAGAUUUGGCAAAAGAAUAUGUCUGAAGAGACACAUGAGGAUUCACACCGGAGAGAGACCAUUUAGUUGCUCAGUUUGCGGUAAAAGAUUUAUUCAAAAGAAUCAUCUGGCAGACCACAUGGCCCGUCACAUAGGGGUGAAACCGUUUAGUUGCUUAGUUUGUGGAAAAGGAUUUAUACAGAAGCGAGAGCUAACAUUCCACAUGGCACGUCACACUGGGGAGAAACCGUUCAGUUGCUCAGUCUGUAAGAAGUCUUGCUCAGAGAGGACAUUUACAGACACACAUGAGAAUCCACACACGAGAGAAACAAUUCAAGUGCUCAGUUUGUGGCCAAAGCUUUUUACAAAAGGCGUAUCUGAAGAGACACAUGGUAACUCACACCGGAGAGAAACCUUACAGCUGCUCAGUUUGUAAUAAAUCUUUUGCACAGAGAGGAAAUUUACAGACGCACGUAAAAAUCCACACAGGAGAGAAACCAUACAACUGCCCAGUUUGUGGUAAAACCUUCA